AUGGAGAAAGAAGGAGGACUACUCGAAGCUGGGGCCACUGCCAUCGAAGGAGGAGAUGGAGGAAGCAUAAAGGAGAAGCGCUCUGAAUCCUAUGAGGGACCCAUCAGGGUCGCUUUGGAGGAAGCGGCGGCAGAGAAGCAGCCUGAAGUGGUUGAAGAGAAGAAGAAAAUCAAAGAGGAGAGGGUUGAAGGAGAUGAGGAAGCCCAUCCAAUCAAGAAGAAGGAAAGGAGGACGGAUGAGAAAAAGGAACGCAGGCGGGAAGAGAGGCACCUGAAGAAGGAGGAAGAGAGGAGAAAGAGGGCUGAGAGCCCAGAACUGGACGGAGAAUCCACCUUCGUGAGGAGGGAUAAGGGGGAGUCAGCGCAACUGAGAGAAUCAGUGCAACCCAAGGAGGAAACAACGCAAGUAAUAUUGGUUGCGAUUGAUGAUGGAGAAGAUGCAGACAUCACCCCCUUGACGCGGCGUCGCAAGGGUCAACAGUUGACCCACAAAUUUUGA